AUGGACGAAACGCCCGUCCCCCUCCCGUCAGCCGCUGCCGUGACACUGGCGCCAAACAUCACUCUCCAGCCCCCGCUCUCCCGCCGCGGCCAUGGACCGGGACUGCUCCUCGUCCUGCCGGCCGACUACGAAGAGUACAAGUCGAGAAACGAGACGCUAGAUCCGGAUCCGCGGCAGAAAUGGGCUGAGGAAGGGUAUGCCGUUGUUCAGAUUACUGGACAUGAUGAAGAUCUUGCUAUCGCGUUCAAGAGAGGGUUGGAUGCGCUCGUUGAGCUGCCGGAAUGUGAUGUGAAGGAUAAAUUUGGGUUGAUUGUAUACGGAUCGACGAGAGAUUACAACCCGAAAUUCGGGGAAAGUCUCCAUGAUUCUCUGGCUGCGCAUCAAUCACAAAUUGUCGCAAUCAUCACGUACGACGAGUGGAAUCUGCCAGAGAGCAUUCCUACUCUCCUCCACCUGCCCGGUAAACGCGACAAACCAGCAGGACAGAAGAAGAAGCAGGAUGACGACGGCGACAGUCAAUCGAUAUAUACGUAUCCAGAAGCCACCUCGGCAGGUUUUAUCGUCCCCGGCCAUCCAGAUUUCCGUCUUUCGUCGGCCGGCGUGGCGCACACGAGGACGCUGACUUUCCUGAAAAAGCACAUGAAUGGCCCUUAUUUCGAUCUGGAGAAGAUCUGGGAAGAGCACACGUCGUUUGAGUUUGCGAAUCGGUCGGUGGAGAAGACCAUGGGGACGAUGGUGCAGGAACCAUACGUGAAUCAUAUUCCUACGAUAACAGGCGGAAUUGGACGAACCUCCCUGAGCAACUUUUACCGCAACCACUUCAUCUUCAACAACCCCGAAGACACGGAAUUGGAGCUGAUCAGCCGGACGGUGGGCGUCGACCGGAUUGUCGACGAGUUUAUCUUCAGUCUAACCCAUACAAAGGAGAUUGAUUGGCUCCUUCCAGGCAUCCCACCAACGAACAAACACCUGCGCAUCCCAUUCACCGCCGUGGUCAACAUCCGCGGUGACAGGCUGUACCACGAACACAUCUCCUGGGACCAGGCGACGGUGCUCGUCCAACUGGGUCUGUUGCCAGAGUACCUCCCGUUCCCGUACCCGCUGCCCAACGGCCAGGUUCCGGGAGAGGGGAAGCGAUUCGAGUACCGCGUGCCGGCGGCGGGAGUGGAAACGGCGUUGAAGAUGAAGGAUGAAAAGGCAGUUCCGUCGAAUGAGAUGAUGGGAUUCAAGAUUCGAGAAGUAGAUGGUGAUUAG